UUUUUUUUUAAACAGUGACACCAGUUACGGCUCAGACUGGCAAAUUAGAGGUGUUUUACUCUUUUGCCAGGCUUUCCAGAAAUCUCUAUGAAAACACGCCGUCUUACUUAUUUCCACCACAUUGCAUGGCCUGCUUUUUUUUUUAAAAAAAGUGCAGAAAAAUGGUCAUCGACUACCAGGAAUGCACUCUCAGAAACCUCCCUGCAAGGCCGUAACAGACAUAAAUCAGCGAAGCUCUUUAGUAUAACUUGUAAAGGCUCCAAAAGUAGAAACAGCAUUUUUAUCGUGUCCUUUUGUUAUAGAGAUUUAAUAACCUUUCGAAUCAGGUUGCCUAAUAUUGACCUCUGCAACCACGUAUAGAGCCUUUACAAACCUGGAAGUCAGGUCAGCUUCAUGCCGAAACUUCCCUGAGACGAUGCGUUUUUACAGUCUGAUGCCGAAUGACAAGGCGACACCUGAGCCUUCGUUUGACUCGCGUGCGCUGGCCUUCCAGGGCUCCGAGUCCGAGUCGGCGAACGGCCCAGGUCGAGAUAGCGGGCUGGCCUCCUCGUCCCGCCUGGACCCGUCUGCCCCCUUCUCCACGUUGCCUGGGAAGAGCCCGGCUGAGCAGACGCCCCUGGAGACCAUGGAGGGCAUGUUGUACCGGAAGCAGGAGAUGGAGACGCACAGCAAGAAGGCGGCCAGCAGGUCCUGGCAGAACGUGUACUGCGUACUGCGCAAGGGCAGUCUGGGCUUUUACAAGGACAACAAGAGUGCCACCAAUGGCGUCCCCUACCAUGGGGAGGUGCCCGUCAGCCUGGGCGAGGCCACCUGUGAGGUGGCACACGACUACAGGAAGAGGAAACACGUCUUCAAGCUCCGGUUAGCCGAUGGGAAGGAGUAUCUCUUCCAAGCGAAAGACGAGCCCGAGAUGAACUCCUGGAUCCGCUGCAUCGUGUCCGCGAUCCCAGCACCUGCCGGGGGCUCCCCCCGGGGCAUGAUCCGGGCCAUGACCAUGCCUCCCAUUUCCCCCGCCUCUGCCGAGGGCAGCGCAGUCGUCAUGCGCAACAAAGAGGGCAAAGAGAAGGACCGCGAGAAGAGGUUCAGCUUCUUCGGCAAAAAGAAGUAGGCUCCACCCCCAAACGGAAACGGCCAAUCACAGACAACCCGGAAAGUGAGAUGAACACUUUGGCCCUCAGCCUCCCUGGUUGCUGGGAGACACCACUGCUGCUCCAACAGAGCUGUGCCGUUCACCUUUGUUUAAGCCAUCAUGGUAGCUUGUGGGUCAUUUCAACUGAAAAAAACUGGGGGGAGGUCCCUUGCCUGGGUUCUCGUGGACUCGGCCGGAACAUGUAAAUCAGAGGAUGUCGUGGGAUGGGAGGGGCUGUGAGUGCUGGAACAGGUGGGAGGCGGUGGCAAGGCCAACAAUCAUCAGGUCAGGAAACAUCUUAGCGUCCAUCUUAUUUAUCCAUUCCUCCCCCAUUGUUUUCAUAUUUGGAAUGGUCCGCCCCAGCAACGAGCAAGCAGAUACGCGGCGAGCUUUUUUCCCACAAUGCUGUUCCACGGCUUAUCGCUGACAGCUGUAAGUUGAAGCUGUUUUUAAGGAUGUCGAGGUUCCUCUCUCACUUUUCUUCAUGCAAAACAGCUUGAAUGACAGAGAGAAUUUUUUUUUUGUAUCACUAUUCUUAUUAUUAUGAUUAUUAUUAUUGUUAUUAUUUAUCCUUUUGCUGUUGAAAAAAAGUUUGAAAAAAGAGAGAUCUAAGAGGAUGUAAGUUUAGAUUCUUUGAGAAAUUCUGCGGAGAUUAGCAAGGAAUAUUGGGGGGGGUUAGGCUGUGUCUGCAGAAUCACGCUGGUCAAUUCAUGUUACUUGUGUUAGUUAUUUUCCCUUAAAUCUCCAGCUUUAAAGUGUUUUUAAAGACGAUUAGAGUUGUUGGCAGUUAAGUUUUUUUUUAAAGUAAUUUUAAGAAUUAAUGUCGGUUCAUCUAUUUAAAGAGGUUGUUUUUACUGUCCUUUUUUCCUUUAAUUUAUCUGCAUUCUAUUCAUUUUGGGAUUUUGCUUUUCUGCUUUUGUUGUGCUUUGGGAAUAGAGUAUAUAGACUUUGAGUUGUAUAUGUGCAGUUUCUGCACUUAGGUCCAUUUUCUGGUUUAUAAGUUCAGUGCCCUGCUGUUCAAUAAAUAGGAAAAACGAGGCUUUGGUGGGGAUGGCUGUUUCCGGAAGGUUCUGCUCUUCAUUUAACACUAACCCACCUGAUUACUUUACGGUGCGUGUAUAUUCACUCAAGAAAAGGACACUGGCUGUUACUAUAGGAUGCCGACUCGAGUCUAAAACGCGGUGAAUGGAGAGGCUGUAGUUUCUGAAGGUGGCCAGCAGGUGGAGUAAAGGGAAGUUGAGGACUGGAUGACAUCCAAUCAAAAAAAUAAAUAAAUAAAUGAAUAAAAUUGCUAGAUUCCACUUUGGA